AUGUUUCAAACGCUCAUCAGGAUUUUUGUAUUGCUGGCACUUUUUGUGUCAAUUUUUGGAAUACGCUGUGUUCACAAGAGUAGUAUCGCAAAAGACCAUGAAGCCGAGCAUUCUGUUGAAAACCAUGAUGUAUCAGCUAGGACUGCGAAUCAUGCAAAAGGAAAACGCUGGCGAAAACAACACACUUUUAUUCGCAAUCCCAACUACAUUUCGGCCCAAAAGGCCUUCGAUGAACAGGCCGCGAACAUGCUGGUGGAAGAAUUGCCGCCAGCCCAUCCAGGCGCACAUGGGGGAAGCACCAAUGGUUGUGAAGAUUACACAGAGUAAUAUAAAUAUUUUGUUUGAUUAUUAUUUACUAAUUUCUCUAACGAAUUGUACUUAAACGACCUUUAUGAGCUGAAAAAUUAGUUGCAAUGGAAACUUUUCAUAACACAAAUUAGCACAA